AAUGACAUGCUAGUCAAGUUAGUGCUUAUUGUAAAUUGUAGCAUUUUCUAUUGUAGAUUAUUUUUUGGAUGGAAGAUCAAUCUGUUUGAGUUUUGGAGACAUUUUUCCAUGCUUCUUCAGAGACUGGGUCAAGCAACACCAACAGAGGGAAGAUUUAAACAUCUUUUCAUGGCUUUCUCAAGAAUUUUUUUUCUUUCGCCAGAGCCAGGGCAGGCUUUUAUUGAACACAUGGUCAUCAAGGAUGUUGUUGUGCGUGGUACACCAGCUGUUCGGUUUAAUACUUUUCAAGACAAGUAUUUAAAGGUGUUCAUCGUCACUGAGGUAAAAAUGUAUGAUGCCUUAAAAGGAAACUUUAACUCUGAGACUUUCACAUUUAGAAAUGUUGGGAAGGAAGUUCUAGGUCAGCAUGGAAUUGAACUCCUGGUGGAGAGAAAGGGCUCCUUUUUCUUUCCCUAUGUAGUCGGGAUUCUUUGUAUUGGAACACUAGUAAUUCUUACGUAUCUACGCAUCGAUGAGGAUCAUUUUCAUCAGAUUGAAGAAAAGGGAAAAGUGAAUAAAGCAAGCAAGUCAACAAUUUCUUAUACCAGGCCAUUUGAUUUCAUGGACAUGAGUGAUAGACAGGAAAUCUUGGAAUAUUUUUUCUGGUUAGGAUAUGUUCAAUCAAAUGCUUACCAGUUUAAAUGGAGGUAGAAUUUAUGAAUUCUUCAUUUUUUCUUUGUAACUCAGGUAAUUGUUGACCCAUUGGGGA